GGACACGGCCAGGCCUGCACCUUGACGGCUGCAGCAGCCAACGGCCCACGGCACGCACACCCCUCGACACAACUACAUCCCUCUUGCUCUUGACUGUGCACAUUCACUCUCUCACCACUACUCUUGACACUUGCCUUGCAGCGCAACCCCACCCACCACAAUGUCUGAAGUCGUCUGGAACAACGACAGGCGGUACCCCGGCCCCGAGGUCCACCUCUUGCCAGAGUAUAUCACCGGCGUGCCUACCCAGCCCGAGCUCGAUGCCAUGCCCAGGCUGUUCACCUGGGGCGAGCUCAAGGAGAUGAUCUACACCGGCACCCUCGAGCACCUCUCGCGCAACAAGGAGCUGCAGGCGCGGUACGAGCACUGGAUGAAGGGGCAGAAGGAGCAGUGGGGCUCGACUGAAAACUACCUCACGAAGGCACGUCUGCCAUGGGCCCCGGCGGAGGCGCCCAAGACCGACGUGCCCGAGCCGACGUACGACCAGCGUACGGCGCUCGACCACCCCGAGGUCGACCUGACGCCGUCGACCAACCCGCGCCCUCCUGCGCCCUCGGCCUCGGGUGCGGCAGCUGUUGCGGCGCACGCGCUGCAGCUCCGCACGCCCGCAAGCAUCACGACGCAGACGACAACGACGGCGCACAGCGUGGCCGCGACUGUCGCGUCUUCGCCCAUCGAGUCGGGCGCCAACACGCCGUCCUCGGUCGGCUUUGUCUCCCUCGCGUCCGUCCUUCCCAAGCUCAACCGUGCUCUGCGGAACAAGUGCGCGGCGGAGAAGGGCAGCACGGCGGGGAGUAGCGGCGACAGCGCCUCGUCGUCUGACGGGAACUUUGACGACGAGGAUGACGAGCCGGACGUGUUUCUCAAGUAUGACCCGAAGCUUGGGCUCGAGAAGGACAAGUACGCCGUGCUGCCGAAUGACUGGCCAUACUGUGUCCCGUACGGCGUGCGGCACUACUGUGUCUGGAGCAGGAUACCCAUUGCGCACCCAGUGCUGGUGGACUAUGACCCACAGGCAUGGGCCAAGAUCGAGGACCAGGGCCUGGGCGGCUUCACGGGCGUGAUCCCCAUCGAGGCGGAGGAGGCUGGCGGCCUGGCGACUCCGCCACCCGCAGCGGGUCCCGGCAGGUCCGGCCCCGCGGCGGCAGGCAAGGGCGGGUGGUACGCUGUUGACGUUGCGUUUGGCGGCACCGAGAUGCGCCGCUGGGCCGGCGUGCCGUUCGAGUCGAAGGGCGGGCACGAGGUUGGGCAGAUGGUCAAGGGGCUGUGGGAUGAGCGCGGGUGGGAGACGAUCUGGUUCGUCAACCCGCCCCGCCUCCAAUCCGUCCCAGGAUUCUCCCACUUCCACAUCUUUGCACGCCGCAAGACACCCGACGAGAUUGACGUGAGCGAACGCACGUGGCCCGGCGAGGGCGAGGGCAAGGCCGAGGGCGAGGCAAAGUGACCGGCCGGCCGCCUGCCACGACCAUGUAGAUACCAUCCGUUUUACAAUCCGAUAGAAACUUGUCGCAACUUGUCGCGACAUCGAC